GGGCUUUGGCAAAGAAUGGGCGCCUGCGCAGUAGCCUUUCAGCGCGAGGCGCAGAGCCUGCGCAGAGAGGGCGUGGCCAUCAGCUCCCCGCCCCGCCUCUGGCAGCGGCGCGCGCGCAGUUGGAAAGCGAGAGCUGAGAUAGCGCAUGCGCGCUGGUGGCCGCGGAGGCUGAGACGGCAGCGGCGAUGGACCCCGCGGAGCAGCCGAACGAGUUGGUGUCCGCCGAGGGCCGCAACCGGAAGGCGGUGCUGUGCCAGCGAUGCGGCUCGCGGGUGCUGCAGCCCGGGACGGCUCUCUUCUCCCGCCGACAGGUCUAGUUAUUCAGUAAUGAGUGAGGAGAGGGAAGGAGAACCGGAGCACAUCCCUCUGGCACGGGCGAUGCUGGGACUCAGGACCUCACGCUUUGCUCAUCUCAGUCUGGGCUGCAGCCACCGCCUCGACCUCUUUGCAUUUAAACAUAAAUUGAGUGGGAGAGAAAAAAAGAGGGGAAGAGAGAGAGACCUGCAGCACUGCCUCAGCAUUCAUGAGGCUUUCCCCCUGCAGCUCUUCCUUCCUUCCAUGAGAAAGAAACCAGCUCUGGCUGACGGCAGCAGUCCUGAUGGCGAUCUCCUGCACGAACACUGGCUGGUCGAUGACAUGUUCAUCUUUGAGAACGUGGGCUUCACCAAGGAUGUGGGCAACAUCAAGUUUCUGGUCUGCGCAGACUGUGAAAUUGGACCAAUUGGCUGGCAUUGCCUAGACGACAAGAACAGUUUCUAUGUGGCCUUGGAACGGGUUUCCCAUGAGUAACUGAGGGGAGGGGCCACCGUUCCACUCCCAAUGAUAAAAGCCACUCUCCACCAGAACUGGCAUUUAGCCUGGUCUAACUGUUCUGCUGCCAUGUUCUCUGUGUUGAUAGAAUGAAGUACCAACAUGUCCACUUGAACAUGCAGAGGGCUAAUCCUGCUUCCUGGAGACUCAAGUGCAUGUCUCUUGACUGUUUCACCUGCAUCACACCUUCCCCUGACCAUCUCCCCAGGCCCCCAGGACAUUGAGCUGCUUCCACAAAUCCUUUUUUUUUUUUCUUUAUUGGAAGUAUUAAUGGUUUACAGUCAACAGUAAAAUAUAGUAGUUUGUACAUGUGAACAUUUCUCAAUUUUCCACAUAACAGUUCAUCCCCCUCUAGGUCCUCCUCUGCCAUCAUGUUCCAGGGCCUGUAUCCUCCCCCUGCCACCCCAGAGUCUUUUACUUUGGUGCAGUCCACCAAUACAAAUCCAUUCUUGUCCCUAGCUAGCAUUCUGCCUGGGCUCUGUUUACCCUUGUUCCUUGCUCUAGAAUAGCAGUAGUCAUAGCCAUGGUGACACAUGACAAGUCAUGCCCACAAGCUAGUAGUUGAAACUCCAACUCUUACUGAAAAGAGCAGACAGGUAUGUCUGAGAGUCACUUUGAUGUAUGUCUGUGUUUUCUGAGGUAAUUUAUUCUUGUAAAAAGUAAAGCAUUUGCAAAUGUCAGUAUAUUUAAACUACUAAUCAGGGACACACUGAUUUGGUCACAUCUUAAAUUACAUGAUUAAGAGCCUAUACUCUAGAGCGAUAGUGACUUUGUUAUCAAGUUGACCAAUCCUCCAUUAAACUUUUGGGUUUUU